CUGUUUCCAGCCCGAUUUGGCCUAACUCACCCGGUUUGGCCCCGGGGUGGCCCGCACUCAAUCCCAACGACGUACAUGGUCUAAGUAAGCCUAAAAGUGCCCAAAUUAAAUGUAUUACCAGCGAUGGAGUCGGGAUUAGCCCGAGCAUCGGCCUCGGUCAUUGCGUAGACUCUAGCUUGCGUCCUUCCUUGAUUCACGGACGGCGCGUUACUCGCGCUUGCUCCCCCUUGCCCCCUGGUUACUUGGGAGCCCCCGGCUUGGUUUCUACUUCCCGCAGCCCCGCUACUUGGUCCUGAUGUCCUUGCCCCACCCAACUGGGGGCAAUGCGCCUUCAAGUGUCCGGCAUCCCCACAUUGGAAACAUCUAGGGGGGUCACGACAUUUACCGGAGUGGUGUUUCUUGCAAUUGUUGCAACGAGUUACCACUGAGGCUUGUGACCUCGAGCCUUGCCCACUCGGGCCUUGGUUCCCCCUAGAUGGUGGCGGUGGUGCUCGGAAAGGUCCUCCCCCAUGAUUCCCCUUCUUGUUGGAACCUUGAGAGCCAUGACUCUCCCACUUUCUCUUUUUCGCCUCUUCGGCGUCUUUCUUCUUCCUUUCUUCCCAUUGUUUCUCUCCUUUCAACGCUUGGUCAACCACUUGGGCGAAAGUCAUAUUAGGCAAUUGUGUUGCCCUAUCACGUAUCUCCAAGUCAAGAGCAUCCCAAAAGUGGUUUACCAUUCGGUUCUCGUCACAAGCAUACUCCGGUAUGUAGUCGGCGAGAUCCCGGAACUUGUACUCAAGUUCCUUCACUGUCAUGUUACCCCCUUGGGUUAGGAGGGUGUAUUCCCUCACCUUCUUGUUUACUUCAAAAUCAGAAUAAUAUUGGGCAAAGAACUCCCGUUGGAAGUCCUCCCAAACGACGGUCUCACCGUACUUGCUCUUGGUUCCAUCCCACCACUUGGAUGCCAUCCCCUCGAGCAAUCUUACCGCAAUUCUCAGUUUGAGAUUCGGCGCGAUUUGCAUGUCAAGGGCUGCUUUGUGACACCGCACCCGAACGUCCUUGAAAACUUGAUUUUAAAAUUCAAAGUUUAUGUAUUGGAUUUCUGAUUCCCAAACGAUUGUAAAACGAUUAAUGUUUUACGUAAUUAAUGAUCGAUUAUUGUACUGUUCGAACUCGUAUAUAAGUAUCGGGCCUUAUUAAUAAAUAAAAGAGCCUAACAUUAUCUAAAUAGUAAUACAUAACGUUUCAAGACAAGUUGAGGAAGGGCGGGCGGCCGAGAUAUUAUUUUGGGCUCAACCCGCUAGAAUAGCAAGUAUUCGAGAAUGGCGUCGUAGGCCCACUCGGGGGCGACCCACACGGCUUGUAGCCUAAUAAUAUGAAUGGCAAAUGUCAAAAUAAGUGAUAGGAUGAUUUGAGAAGAAUACAAAUGCCUAUAACCCCAUCUUUGGCAUUAUUGAGCUAAAUAAUGGGAGUAGGGUUUUUCUUCUAUAAUAUUCAUCAUGUAAAUUAUUGGGAUGCUCAUACACAUAUUGGAGAUCAAUAAUAUGAUGUAGAGAGUUGACUUGUUCCAAAUAAAUUAGAAUGAGUACAAAGAGACAUCUUAUGACAAAGAGAUCAAAAGUGAGACCCACCCAUGUCUAAAAACAUCUCAUGGAGACCAUACCAAUUCAUUUCACUCCACACAACUUAUCCACCCUUAUUGAAGGGUCUUGGACACUCCCUUAAGCCCCUCAUUCGAACUCCCAAGGAUAAGGGAGAAAGAGAGAGCCACACAACCAAGAAAGCAAGAGGAAGGGGAAGCUGCCGCAGGUUCGUUUUCCAGUGCGUAAGGUUACUUGUUUGCUUCAUAUCUCGAGUUAUACACAUCCAAAUAAGGCGUGCGAGAUACCCACAGAAAGCUCUCAAGACGAGGAAUCCGUGAAGGUCUGGUUUGCAUCAAUCGGAGUAGUGUAAGGCUUUCAAAUCGUCCGAGCAAAACACAACCUCGCGGAAUACGUUGUUGUAUUCAAAGUUAGGGAACGAUUUCGUCGGGAAACACCCGUUCUAGGGACUGUUUUUGUGUCUUCGGUUAGGAGUUGAACUAGCACUUUGAAGAGGCUGUUUAACACUCAAUUCCAAGCAAGGAAUCAGUCCUCAAUCUUCCUUGGCCGAGGCUUUGGUCAUUGGAUCGAGAAGGAAGGUUUUAAAGCUCAUUUGAGUUUCAGGUAGAACUUGAAGGUUGCUACCACCGCCCGUUGCCUCGGGAAGAUCAAAGGAGGGAGACGUGGUCCGUGCUUCUUCCGUAUCUAUUGUAAAAACAUCUAAAUAACGCUCAUGGAUAUUAUUUCUUUUAAAUAUUUAUUUGGGGGCUUGUAUGCCCCUGUUCGCCAAGGUGUGGCAUGAACACUUGUAUUGAAUGUUUCCGCUGCUUUAAACGAAUAUUUUACAUUAUGUUUGUUUAUGGAUGUACUAUGUGUGAAUGAUAUUCCAGACGCCUUGUAUAGUAUGGAUGUGUUGGACUGCGGUUGACUAUUCGUACUGUACGGCGGGUUGUUGACGUGUCCGGUUAGGUCCGGGGCGUGACAAUUUAAUUGGUAUCAGAGCCAGGUUGUCCGUAAACUUCAUAAUGAAGCUUCAAAAUCCCUUUUGAAAAUGAUUUUGAAAACCAUGAGCAUAAAAGUUUUGCACUUAUAGAACUUUUGGUACUUGAGUUGCAAAGUCUCUAAUUGUUAAGAUGGUACCUUUAACAAUUGGUAUGACGGUGAUUUGAGCCAAAGGAUGUCUUUAAGUGCCUAUCCGUCACUUGACAUUGAUACGAGUCUAAUGGCUCAUUCUCAAUUUCUUUCUGAAAUGGAACGUACCGGGAAAGUUACUCGACGGAACCCGACUGGCCAGGCACCGGGAAGGUCCCAACGUGGCAGUCGGGGAGCAUCGAGGAUGUCCGGGGGACAAGGUCGUGCAGGCCACUCGCUGACCGUGAGUGACGGCCAUGUUGAGACGAUUGACGAGCAUUAUGAAUCCGAGGAGGAUUCAACUUACCGGCCGGGAACUGAGCCGGUUGAAACCCCAUAUGAUGGAGGGGACGAUGACGUUAGCGAAGAGAGCGAUGAUAAUGACGCUCUCGAGAGGAUUGAGGAAUUGCUUCGGCAAUACCAACAAGAUCGCCAAAGGCGCCGGGCAAGGCGUGCUUCGGGAGGGGCUUCGAGAAGAGGGAGCCGUGUUAGCUCUAGGGAACAUGAGGAGUCCCGAGGAGGAAGAGGUACCGAGGUUCCCAUCAUAAGAAUCUCGAAAUACCUCAAAGAGGCGAGAGAGUUGGGAUGCAAACCAUUCGAUGGAAUGGGAGACAUCUCCGUGGCAGCCGAAUGGAUCAAAAGAUUCAAUGAAGCGGCCCUUGAUAUGCAGCUGCCACCCCAUAUGAAGAUGGGAGUGGCAACAAGAUUGCUAGAAGGAAUGGCGUCCACAUGGUGGGACGGUGUCAAGGGGAAGUAUGGUGAGGCGGUCACUUGGGAGAACUUUAGGCAAGAAUUCUUUAGCCAAUACUACUCCGACUUCGAGGUGAACUUGAAGAGGAGGGAGUACACGAAUUUGACCCAAGGAGGGGAAUGCACGGUGAAGGAACUUGAGCACAAAUUCAGAAAGCUUGCUGAGUUCAUACCGGAGUACAUUUGUGAUGAAAAUCGGAUUGUGAACCAUUUCUGGGACGCCUUGGACCUUGAUAUACGUGAGAGGGCAACACAAUUGCCUAAUAUGACGUUUAGCCAAGUGGUCGAACAAGGCUUGAAGGGGGAGAAAGAAUGGGAGGAAAGGAAGCGAAGAAAUGCCGAGGAGGCAAGGAAAAGAAAAUGGGAGAACCAUGGCACCCAGGGUUCAAACAAGAAGGGGAAUCACGGGGGAGGAGGAUCCUUCAGGGCACCCGCACCACCAUCAAGGGGGAAUCCCAACAUGGGUGGGCAAAACUCGGGGUCACAAGCCUCGACGAAGCCUAAGUGCAGGAAUUGCAAGAGAAAUCACGAGGGCAAAUGUCGUGAUCCCCCACGGUGCUACCAAUGCGGAGAUACGGGGCACAUAAAGCCCAAUUGCCCUCAGCUUGGUGGGAACCGGUCAUCAGGACCAAGCAAUGCCACCACGGUGAGUAGAAACCGGGGUGGGGCACCAAAUGCA